UAAUGGACUAGAAAGGACCAACCUCUAAAUAAUCUUCAUCUUUGUCUUAGCACCCUCAAGCUACAGCAACUUCUUUUUAAAAUAGGGUAUAAAAUUAUUGAAUUUAUAGAGUCCUUAAUUAAUCAUUUAAAUUAUGACAAGAAUUAUUGAUCAAAAACAUAUACCUAAAGAAAUAAGAGAUCAAUUAUUAUCGAAAAUCAAUUUUUACUCAUAAACUUAUAAUCUAAAUGAAGAUAUUAAUAAUGUUAAGGGACAAUUACAACAACGCUCUUAUAUUUACAACUAAUAUAAGAAUUAUUCAAGAAGCCCAAUUUUUUAGCUAAUCUGGUUCUAGAUUUAAUCAAAAGAUUGAU